UCAAGCUCGACAUUCCCCUUUCGGACAAUCCUUUGGUACCUCCAGUUGCGUUGAUUCGAGGAUCUGCCCGGUAUUCUACGCAUAAUGCUCUUCCGCUAAUGAUACAAGCCCUGUACGUCAUACCUCAAGUGAGGCGCAGUCUCCGUCAGUCAGGGAAGUGGGAUCCCUCUUCUCUCAACAUUAUGCCGGACGGACUGCACGAGGGCCCCAUGGGACUGCUAAACGACGGUAAAUUAUGGGGUGACUCGGCACUUCAAUCUUUCUACAACUUCAGAGAAAUUCAGCAAUUGUUUUGUGCUCUUGACUACACUCAACAGGCGCAUCUUGAUAUCACCCACUUCCUGCACAUAUUCGGUGCAGAAGAAUCUUCCCAUCCUAAACCACCUGGUACUCAAAGUCUAGAACUCUUCACCCCAAUGAGCCAGGUGAUUGACAAUGCUCUGGAGUUGUGGUGCGCCGCUCAAAACAUUCCGUAUGAUCGUUUAUUCACCUUAAACCUUGAAUCACGAUCCACAUCUCCCCUGACAUCGUCAUCUCACUCCUACUUGUCCCUCACAGUUCGCCAGCCAGACCUGAAUUCCGUCUAUGCAUGUUUGGAUCAAUACUUCUUCGGCUUGAGUUCUGGUGACGGUAAGCAAUCAAACCCUUAAUUAAAUUCUUCCUUGAACCCCGAUUUUCGAGGCCAAGUCUCCGGCAGUAAGUCUUCUGGAAGGGGGUUCAUAAGUCCCAAAUGGUCCCCUCCUCCAGUGCUUGUCAUGCGACUUCAUCACGAUCCCCGCGAGCACAAAGAUGUCAACCUUGCGCAUGGCAGUGCACCUACUGUUAAGACACCAUUCACUACGACAGAAAUGACACUGUCUGCCGCAUCGG